CGGGGCCUCGUCCCGCAGCAGGUCCAGUCCGAGCCGGAGCGCACCAUGGCGCCGCUGUCCAUCCAGUCCGGGGUGAAGUACGCCAGAACGCUGCUGCCGGAGACGCUGCUGAGGUCCGUGUCGUCGGUCCACACCACCAUCUCCCGCCACAUCCUGCCGUCGGCCCAGUCUCGCUGCUUCAAGGUGUGCAGCUCCAGCCGGAGGCGGCGCCGAGGCCUGGAGGCGGCGUCCCUGGACGAGCUGCUGGAGCAGGCGGCGAGAGUGUUCAUGCUGUCCUGCCACUUCCUGACUGUGGUCCUGGAGGAGGACGGGACGCCGGUGGACUCGGAGGAGUUCUUCCAGUCGCUGCCCAGCAACACGCCGCUGAUGGUGCUGGAGAAGGGCGAGAUGUGGACGCAGAACAAGGUCUUUCCCAGCUUCCGUCAGCCCAGGAGGACCGGACUCGCCAAGCUGAGCUUCGAGCUCUACAAGCUGCACCCCAAGGACUUCCUGUGCUGCCUCGCCGUCAGGGCCACGCUGUACGACGUGUACGCGCUGAGCUACGACUUCCGGUGCAGCCGCAUCAAACACGUCCUCAAGUCGGUGCUGCGCUGCAUCACCUUUGUGACCAGACUUUGCGGACAGCUGCUGCUCUGCACGUCUUCGUCGUUACUGCAGUUCACCGGCGACGGCGACGGGUAGUUUGUGUGUCUGUGUUCAGAGUUAAACGCCAGAGGAACGUUUUACUGUUUCGAUUUUGAGGAUUUUGUACUUUAACAGAUGAAAUGAAUAAAUUUGAUUAAAACGUCA